GAAAGGUGCACGCGCGCAUUCAACACGGUUGUGUGGCCCCCGAUCCGAGGUUCUUGUGUGAUUUGUGGAUUUAUACGAUCGGAAACGGAACGGAUUUUCUCGAGCCCCAGAGCCCAGGUGCUGGGCCCCAAAGCCGUCGGUAUUUUAUUAAAUUGUGAUCGCAUCUCGGCUUCGCUUUCGUCCGGUCUUUAGUUAUUAUUUAACGCGAUAUGUUGUGCGUCAUUUGGCCCAUUUGAUUUGCAAAUUCAAACUGAGUUUUUCUCGAAAAGAAACCCCAUAAAUCUUGAUUUAAUCAAAGUGCUGAAUAUGCAAUGAUUCUAUGAAUACCUAUACCUAUGUAAAGGCCAAUGCAAAGAAUACGUAAUAAUCAAAGCAAAUAGUGUGCAAUAGAAACCCCGCAUUGGAUCUAAUAAUAUAAGUAAAUAGUUCUUAUACAUACCUAAAUAAAUAAAGUUAAUAAAAGUUAUUGAUCAAGUGUCAAACAUUGUGGCUGAUCGUAGUAAAUUAUGAAAUAAUCAUUUAUGCCAAAAGCUAUUGGAGCAAGCUCUAUAACCAAAUGGAUAUCGCAAAUUAAAUCUUUCGAGCAGAGAGAAUUGGGAUUAAAUAUUUGCGAACGUGCUAACGGCGAAAUGUAUGCGGAUAAUAAACGUGGCCUAGACAAGGUGACGGCAGCGACCCCGCCCACCCACGCCCUUCAGCAGCAGCAACAUCCCCACCAGCAGCAGCAGCAGCAACAUCUGCAACAUGUCCUGCAACUGCAACAGCAACAGCAGCAGCAGCAGCAACACCUACAGCAGCAACACCACUUGCAGCAACAGAUGCAUACGCAUCAUAACUUCCAGCAACAUGAAACGCCUGCAACACUUUCGCAACAGCAACACAUGCAACAGCAGCAACAGACGACACAGCAGCAACAGCAACAGCAGCAACAUACAACACAGCAGCAACAACAGCAACAGACAGCCGGCAUGUUUACAAGAUUCGAUGCCAACAAAUCGACGAAGGGCGCCUCGAAGAUGCGACGCGAUCUCAUAAAUGCGGAGAUAGCCAAUCUGAGGGAUCUUUUACCACUGCCCCAAUCGACGAGGCAGCGCCUCUCACAACUGCAGCUGAUGGCCCUGGUCUGCGUCUAUGUGCGGAAAGCCAACUACUUCCAGCAAGUUUUCAAACGUCACAAUGCGAUGCAUCAUCUUCAUCAUCAGACAGCAACACCAAAUAUAGGCUUCUCAAAGGCACUCUCCGGCUUUUUGAUGAUGCUCACACAAAAUGGCAAAUUGCUCUAUAUAUCGGAUAAUGCGGCCGAGUACUUGGGCCAUUCCAUGGAGGAUCUGCUGAUACACGGUGACUCCGUUUACGAUAUCAUUGACAAACAGGAUCACGCAACCAUCCAGGCCGAGCUGAAUAGGAACGUGCCACCGCAGCCGGGUGGCUCGAGUCAGGCGAACAGUGGUGGUGCCGCUGGUGGCGGCGACUCAACGUCCAGCAAUGGAAGUGGUGCCGGUGGUGCUGGUGGUGCCGGUGGCGCCUCCAGUCUCGAGGGCGAGCAUCGCAUGUUCCUCUGUCGCAUGAAUGUUAGCCGCAAUGCGCGACGGCAAAUGCGUUUCGGCGAUCAAAAGGUUGUCCUGGUCCAGGGUCACUAUUUGUCAUUCCUGCCGCUCUGCAGUCGCAACGAGCCCGUCUUUUUGGCCACCUGCACUCCGAUCGCCAUGCCCGAAACCAGGGAGUGUGUUGUUCAAGGUGCCACCAACGUCUUCACCACCAUCCACUCGAUGGACAUGAAAAUAGCCCACAUCGACAAGAAUGGCGAGUUCCACUUGGGCUAUGAUAAGACCACGCUGCAGGGCACAUCCUGGUACAAUCUAAUCCACAGCGAGAAUCUAAGGGAGGCGCAAAAUAAGCACAGACUAAUUACGCAGUCGGAACAGGAUCGAAGUUGUAUCCUGCUAGUGCGAAUGCAGAGAUCUAGUGGAGAAUACACGUGGGUUCACGUGGUUCUACAGGUGCGAGAUAGUCCCGAUUCCACUCAACAACCUGUUAUUGUGUGCACUAACCAAGUACUCAAUGACCGCGAGGCCUCGAUAAUGCUGGCCAACUCCUGGCUGUAUCACUACUAUACCGUCCAGUCGAAGAUCCAGUUUGGAAUGCCCCUGGAGAGUGGGAUCCGUGUGGCCCCAGGAACCCCUUCCAGUGGCUAUUAUAGCCCCCAUGCGUCUCAUCCACCGGCCACUCCAGGUGGCGCCACGCCCAGCUUGGGCAUAGCCAGUAAUUUCGGGAGUCACCACCAUCCGCACCACUCGCACCACCCGCACCACCACCACCAUCAUCACCAUCCGGCGACUGCCUACCAUCAUCAUCCGCAUAUGGGAACUUAUGGUGGCGUCUAUCACGCUGAGGCAGCCAUCGAACUCAAGGACGAUCAGCCGCUGUUCAGUUUUCAGGAGCCCGUGGAUUACAGCCAGGUCAAUAGCCAGGUGAAUCCAGCGAAUCAAGCGAGUACCCCAAAUCCGCCCGCCUCCAAAUCGGCCACGCCCCCGCCACCCAAGAAGCGGGCUCGCAAACUGGAACCACUCUAUUUGCACGCCGAACGUUCUCCGGCGGCGGCGAUAACUCCGGAACCGGAUUGCUAUACCAUCCACACCCAUCCAGCGGCUGCUUAUGCCACCUCAUCGGUGGUAAGUAGCGAUGCCUCGGUCAUAUAUGCCACCAUAGUGCCGACGAGACCCAGGUUACCCAAUAAAACAUUGCCUCCGGAUCCCGCGGACUUCAUCGAGCAAUGGAAUCCCAGUCCACCUUGGUCGGAAUCAGCGCAAAAGGCUUCGCUGGAUAGUUUUGGAUCCUCUCAUGAGCUGAGUCCUUGCAUCACGACCACGCCCCCCACGCCCACAAGUGCCACGCCGCAUCAAAGUGGUUUGGGUACCACCCAGACAAUAGGACCUGCUUUCAGUUUUGAAUGGAUGUCGGAUCCUCUGGUGCCGGUAACCUAUCAACAGUGGCCACCAUCCGGUGACCAUCAUCAGCAUCUUUCACAGCACUUGAGCCAGAGUCAGAGCCACCAAAAUCCUCUCCAGCAGCAGCAGCAUCUCCAACUUGGCCAACAGGCACAUCUCCACCAGCAGCACCAGCACUUAGCACUUCAUCAUGGGAGAACGGAGCAGGAAACGCUGGUGGUGGUGCCACCGAUACCCAUUUCGAUACCGAUACCAGCGGUCACGGGCCAUGGGGAUGCCGGCGAACCGGUUGAGGAUAGAGAUCCCAAAAACUAGUGACCAGCAAAGCUUGGAACUACCCCAGACAUCUGAGAUCGGCGAUCGGGGAUCGGAGAUGGGAAAUCUGCCAUGGCGGCCAGGUGAUAAUCACACUUAAAUUAAUUGCCACUUGUCAUCUUAGCGUUUAAAUUAUUUUUAUCUUACAAAGAAAACAAAAACGUAAAACGCUAUAACAGCUAAUUUAAGUGAUUUCCAUAAAGCCCUUUUGUUUUCCAAUUUUCCCAUUUUGUAUGUGCAAUCUUGAAAAAAACACUUAAAAAUAAGUAUGAGACUAUGCAUGAAAAUAGCGCUUGGAAAUUAGUUUUGCGAUUGGUGCGAAAAAAUAUAUUGAACAGAAGCAAAAAUAUCCAAGCCAAGCCAAGAGAGCUCUAUUAGUUGUAUCGUUUUUAUUAGCGACAUUUUUAUGGCGCGCGCUUAAAGUUUUUACGAUUAUUCGUAUUUCUGUAUCUUACAUGCGUAUCUCCGCAAUUAUAUAUAUGCAUCUACAUAGAGUAUUUAGGCUAAUUAUUUUAUUUUAUUUAUUAAACGUUU